CAUCAAAGCAUCGCACCAAUCAAUCAAUCCUCAAAGACUACCAGUCUAUUAAAGUCUAUCAAGUCUUAUAUCAAGCCUUCAUCAACCACCACAACACAACUACCUCCGCCAACCUCACCAUCACCUAAAACAAAACCAACCAACCAAACUCGCAAUGGAAUCCGUCACCCUCCAAUACCUUUCCCGGCCCGACGCUAUGGACCACAGAACCGCUACCUUCCCCUCCACCUCCCAACCCUCCACCGGCACCUCGACCCCAACUCUUGCCGCUUCCACCAAGUCCACCUCCUCCCUCAAAUCCGCGUUGAAGACCGUCGCCCGCAAAGCCCGCGAGCAUCAUCAUAGCGUCAAUGAGGCGUAUAUGACCUACUACGGUGCCGGGACGUAUAGCCCGGUCGAGAGUCGGCAGGGGAGCUUUGCGGGGAAGGGGACGUUUAAGCCGCAGGCUUAACAUUGAGCGUUAGAUAUUCAUG